AUGAUCGUGUCCAACGUGAGCCUGAGUGGCUGCGCGGGGGCAAACAGCGCGCUGUGUGCCGCGGUCGGGGACGGGCACCAGGGGGGAGGCUCCUACCGGUCCACCCUGAGUCCGACAGGGAACCUGGUGGUGGCUGUGUGCCUGGGCUUCAUCGGCACUUUCGGACUGCUCAACAAUCUGCUGGUGCUCAUUCUCUUCUGCCGCUACAAGAUGCUGCGGUCUCCCAUCAACCUGCUCCUGAUUAACAUUUCCAUCAGCGACCUGCUGGUUUGCGUGCUGGGGACUCCGUUCAGCUUCGCCGCCAGCACGCAGGGAAGGUGGCUCAUAGGGGAAGGAGGAUGCAUGUGGUACGGCUUCGCAAACUCCCUGUUUGGCAUUGUGUCCCUGAUCUCCCUGGCGGUCCUCUCCUAUGAGCGCUACAGCACCAUGGUGGCGCCCACUGAGGCGGACGCCUCCAACUACCGGAAGAUCUCCCAGGGCAUCCUCCUGUCCUGGCUCUACUCCCUCGCCUGGACUCUGCCGCCACUCUUUGGCUGGAGCAAAUAUGGCCCCGAGGGUCCCGGGACCACCUGCUCUGUGGACUGGACAGCCAAGACGGCCAAUAGCAUAUCUUACAUCAUCUGCCUGUUUCUGUUCUGCCUCAUCGCACCCUUCCUGGUGAUCGUCUUCUGCUACGGGAAGCUGCUGUGCGCCAUCAGACAGGUGAGCGGGAUCAACGCAUCGGUAAGAAGGAAGCGUGAGCAGCGCGUGCUGUUCAUGGUGGUCGUCAUGGUGGUCUGCUACCUUUUGUGCUGGCUGCCGUACGGCAUCAUGGCCCUGCUGGCCACCUUCGGGUCGCCGGGCAUGGUCACUCCCGUAGCGAGUAUCAUCCCAUCCAUCUUGGCCAAGACGAGCACCGUCAUCAACCCGGUCAUCUAUGUCUUCAUGAAUAAACAGUUCUACAGAUGUUUCCAAGCCCUGCUGCGAUGUAAGGUUCCUCGACGAGGCUCCAGCGUAAAGAGCUCCUCCAAGGUCGCCACCAAGGCCAUGAGGGGGAUCGCAAUCACUGGUACCCGCCGCACCAAUGACUUCUUGUUUAUGGUGGCUUCCCUGGGCCAUCCGGCGGGCUCCGGGCCCCAACUGGGACCGCUUGUGGAGCCAACCGUUGACAUCACCAAAGCCUCUUCUUCAGACAUCAACAGACAUGUCGAAGUGUCGAUUGCCAGUGAUUGGCUAUAACCACGAAU